AUGGUAGCACCUCCUGCAUCAGUAAUAGCGGACGCCAUACUUCCCGCGUGCACGCUACAACUGGCACCACCACCAACACCGGCACCUAACGCGCCUUCCCAAGUCCACCAACUCCACGUUCACAGCGCGCGCGCCCAAAACGCGUCAACAAGUGUUGACGCGAUGCAAACACACGCGGACGACACGCGAAGACGAAAGGACAAGAGAAUCGAGGAAGGGAGAAGGGAUGGUAUAGAGAUGAAGGAGGAAAGAGGAACUCGAGGAGACGAGACUUUGGGCACGCUGAAAGUGAGUACUCACAUUGAAGACUCUACCCCCAGCAACAACAACGACGUCAUAUGUGUCACGUCGCCAGCGCCUAUCUUUGUGCGCCCAGCACUCGCACCACCACCAGCUUUCACGCCAAUGCCACCAUCCACGACGCCAACGCCACCAUCCACGACGCCAACGCCACCAUCCACGACGCCAACGCCACCAUCCACAACGCCAACGCCACCAUCCACAACGCCAACGCCACCAUCCUCGACGCCAAUGCCACCAUCCACGACACCAACGCCACCAUCCACGACACCAACACCACCAUCCCAUCUACGACGCCAACACCUACGCGACAGACUGACUCGCCAGCAUCAAGCGUACACGCUCAGACCACGCCAGCGAAUGCUGGCGUGGCUCGAAUGCACACGGAAGACACCAGGACGAAGAGAGAAGGAAAAGAGGAGGAACGAGAGGAGGAAGGAAUGA